AUGUCCUGAUUGAGACCAUGUCAACAUUUGAAAACAGAGCAUUUUUUUUUUUUAAUGAGAUUCUGUUCUGACUCCUAAGCUCGACCAAAUCUGAAAGGGUGUAGUGGAAUAAUCCCGCAGUAUAUGCUACUGUUUUGCAGCUAUUUCUCUGAUCGAAUACAAAACAGAAAUACCCUCCAAAAGAAAAAUGAAAAUGAUUACAAGGGAUAAAGCAAAACCCUUUCUCCAAAUCCAAAAUCAAAGAAGUUGCAAGAAAACAGUGUUUUCUUACUUCAUCAGGUGAUCGGCUCAUUGAACCCGUCGCCUGCUCACUGGUCGCUGGGUGGAGCAGAUGAAAGAAUAGGGAAGAGUCUGCUGAGGUUUGGGAAAUGAAGGGAAUAUCAUGGGGUCUCAUAAUUGGGGUUUCUGUGGGAGUGAUAAUUGGGGUGAGUUUGGCAGUUUCUGCCCUAUUCUGUAUUAGGCAUCGGAGGAAGAGUUCCCAGAUAAGGUGCAACAGUUGUCGGAGGACAACAACGAUCCCCAUCCGUGUCAAUGGGUUUGAUUCUUCUACUGUAUUGUCAGACUCCACCAAUGGCCAGGACUCACCGAGAAAAUCUGAUGUGAACAGCAUGUUCCUGCGGUUAGAAGGGCAUCUAAAAAAGAAUUUAGCCUCAGCAUCUGGGGUUCCAAAGUAUUCUUACAAAGAUAUACAAAAAGCAACUUAUAAUUUUACAACAGUAAUAGGCAAAGGGGCAUUUGGUCCUGUCUACAAAGCUCAAAUGGCAACUGGCAAGACAGUUGCAGUUAAAGUGCUCGCUACUAACUCUAGGCAAGGAGAAAAGGAGUUCCAAGCGGAGGUUCUGUUACUUGGAAGAUUACACCACAGAAACCUUGUUAACUUGAUUGGAUACUGUGCGGAAAGAGGGCAGCAUAUGCUUCUGUAUGUGUACAUGAGCAACGGCAACCUUGCUUCCCAUUUAUAUCGUGAAAAUUGCAAGCCAUUAAGCUGGAAGUUGAGGGUUUGCAUGGCAUUAGAUAUAGCACGGGGUUUAGAAUAUCUGCAUUAUGGGGCUGUUCCUCCUGUAGUUCACCGCGACAUCAAAUCUUCCAACAUAUUGUUAGAUCAGUUCAUGAGAGCCAGGGUUGCUGACUUUGGGCUUUCAAGAGAAGAGAUGAUUAAUCCACACGCAUCUGAUGUCAGGGGAACCUAUGGGUAUCUUGAUCCUGAGUAUAUGUCAACCCGGACCUUCACAAAGAAAAGUGAUGUUUAUAGUUUUGGAGUCCUCCUCUUUGAACUAAUUACAGGCAGGAAUCCACUACAAGGUCUUAUGGAAUAUGUGGAGCUGGCAAUGAUGGAUACAGAAGGUGAAGCAGGGUGGGAGGAGGUUGUGGACUCUCGUAUUGAUGGAAGUUUUGAUGUUCAAGAACUCAAUGACGUCGCUUCCCUUGCUUACAAAUGUAUUAAUCAUGUCCCAAGAAAUCGACCAUCUAUGAGAGAUGUUGUUCUGGUGCUAUCUCGAAUUCAUAACCUGAGACAUAGUAGGAAGGGUAUGAAGCAUACUUUGCCCCCUACUGUAGAGGAAGUCAGUGUUGAAGUGGAUGAGUCGAAGAGUACUGCCACUAAUGUAAUUGAGUUUCAAAGAGAGUCUGUUGACAGCACAAAAGAAUACCUGGAAAUUUGACUGCUGCUAUUUUAUUUGUUCAUUUUUCUGCGGUCCUUUUUGGAUUUGUGAUAUAACAUGAUUAACCAUGGGGGAAUUGGGGACAGCUGAUCUGCUGCAAAUUUUGAGGUCUGGAAUCUAGCUGAGAUGAUGUUGUGUCUGCGUCUUAACUCAAUGUACAGAGUCCCACUGAAUUUUUUUUUUUUAUUUAAAAAAAUUGAACUAAAGAGAAUGAAAUCGGCUAUUUUCUGAA